UUAUUGUAUAAUUAUAAUUACAAGCCUAAAAGGAAAGGAGAGGAGAGGAGAGAGAGAGAGAGAGAGAGAGAGAGAGCGUUGAAAGCACAUAUCUUACUCUUUUUUCCUUUUCUCUUUGCCAUUUUUCCAUGUCUACACUUUGAAUACAUUAUCCAACUUCUGCAUUUGCUCUAUCUCAUAGUUCUCAAUACUGUCUCUCUUUCUUCCUUUUUAUCUGUUCUGUCCUGCCAUAAGAAACAGGUGAAAAUACUCUAACUUUCUCUGUUUUUCUCACUAUUGGGAGUACUAAUCCAUUUGGGUUGUAAUUUUUUUUUUAAAAAGAUUUUUAAUAGAAUGGGUGUCAGAGAAUGAAUGGAUGGGAAGCCCAAAUCAGUCUUCUUCUACUGCUUUUGUCUCCUUCGGUUCUUUUUCCAGCAUUCUUGGAGGUCUCUCUGCAUUUUGACUCUCUUCUUUCCCAAUUCUGGGGUUGAUUUCUAGGGGUUUUUCAGGAUUGUAUGAUCGUUGAUAAGGUGGAUGAGUGGAUAAGGAGUUGUUGAUUGAGACAGGAGGAAGUGAAUAUUAAGAGGGAAAGAAAAACCUUUUAUGGGCUAUAAUCUGAAGACGCCUUCUUGGGACUUAGCUGAAUUGCAGAAAGAAGGCAUACCCAGCGUUGCUCCCUUUCUUGGGUCGUCCAGUAGCUUAGGAGGAGGACAGGAGACUAAAGGGGAUUGCUUGGUGGAUUUGAAGCUUGGGAGGUUGAGUGAUUUGGGGGACGGGUCAGUGAACAGUUUUAAAAGCUCUAUGAUGGAGUCAUCAUCGUCGGGGUCAGCAAAGAGGGCCAGGACACCAGGUCAUGGAACCCAAGUUGUUUCAUGCUUGGUUGAUGGGUGCAAAUCGGACCUCAGUAAAUGUAGGGAUUAUCACCGUCGCCAUAAAGUCUGUGAGCUCCACUCUAAAACCGCAAAGGUUACAAUUGGGGGUCAUGAACAACGGUUCUGCCAGCAGUGCAGCAGGUUUCAUUCCUUGGGUGAGUUUGAUGAAGGAAAAAGAAGCUGUAGGAAACGUCUUGAUGGACACAACCGUCGCAGAAGGAAGCCUCAGCCUGAACCAUUGUCCAUAACUUCUGGGAGGUUUCUCUCCAGUCACCAAGGUACUCGAUUGUUGGCAUUCAGUAACCCACAAGUAUUUCCUGCAAGCGCUGGUGUGACCUCUGCUUGGGCUGGGAAUAUCAAAACCGAGAAUGAUGCUGUACUUUACAAUAGUCACCAACAGUUAAACUUCAUGGACAGACAAAACUCAUUCCCUGAAUCCUUCUCCAGAAGCUAUAGAGGAAAGCAGUUCCCAUUCUUGCAAGGCCCUAAUCCCACACUCCCUGGAACUUCUGUUUGUCAACCACUUCUUGAUCCCAGUUCUGCAUCUGGAAAUGGUAGCGGUGGCCAAAAAAUGUUCUCUGAUGGGCUAAAUCGAGUGAUCAGUUCUGAUCGUGCUCUCUCUCUUCUGUCAUCGCCGCCACCUGAGACUCAGGAGAUUGGUUUGAGCAGGAUGGUGCAGCAAAACCCAAUCCCCCCAGCUCAAUCCUUGAUCCCCAGCCUGCACUAUACUGGUCUAAGCCAGUAUGCUUCCUCCCAAGGAAUGGGUGGGUCAGUCGGUUCUGUUUUGGUCUCUGAUGGUAGCAGCAAUGCCAACCUCCAUUGCCCUGCAAUUUUUCAGCUUGGACCUGAUGGCUCGUCUACCAACAGUCCUCAUCAAACGCUCUCGUUCUCUUGGGAGUAGUUUAUGCCACUAAGAGUUCUCUUCCAUUGUCAAAUGGGUUGGAAUUUUUUUGCCCCAUGAGGAAUAAAUCUAUUCCCUUGCUAAACAGUGGGAUUUCUGUGAUAUAGUUUUAAGUAAUGUACUCUCUCUCUCAGAAUUUAUCCCUCCUGAACUGUGGAAUUUCUCAGUUGACAAUGAAUUGGGGAGCAGGUUCUACUUA